AUGCUGACGGCCGCAGGCACUCUCCUCGGUCUCAUCGCGUGUGGCCAGUUCGGCACGAUCCAAAUUGAUUGGGUGGCGGAGGGUAACGGCAAAACCACGCCACGGCUGGUCGGGCUGGAAAGUGGCAGCGAGGAGAGCGCGCAAAGAGACAGUGAUGAGCGGAGCGGGCGGCGCUUGUUCAAGCUAGAAGACGGCAAAUUCACAGAGAUCGAGGUCGAGGAGCCGAGCGUCAGCGAGCGAGAGAAGAGGGACGCGGACGCGUUUGAGGAAGUCUGGUCGCGCGAUUUUGCCGAGAUGCCACAAAGCGAGUGGUUUGCUGCGAGCGAGACGCCGCGUGGGGAGUUGCCGCCGAGCGCGGCCCUGUGGGGGCUGCGAGUCGGUGCCGUAUAUAGGCACUCGCUGACGGGCUCGCGCGGAGUGGUGAUUGGAUGGGACUACCGGCCGCGAGCGCCGCGCAAGUGGCUCACCGCCAACCUGCCGGGGCAGCGGUCGGCACGCGACCGCCUGCGGCGGCUCUACGCGCCCCACUACUCUGUGCUGGAGGAGACGCCUGCCGGAGCCUUCAUGCAGCGUUACGUGGUGGCGCUGUGCCGCGAGGACGACCCGAGACCGUGCCUCGAGGUUGAGUCGCCCGCCAAACCGCUGUCGCACCCCGAGCUCGCGAAAUACUUUGACGGCCUCGACCUGGCGCGCGGCUACCUCCCGAACGCGGCGCUGCGGGAGCGGUAUCCGCACGACGCCGCGCCCGGUCCGGCCGGGGGCCCAGCGCACCAUCGCGGACGCCCGGGCGAGAGCGAGGCCGCCGAGGAGGAGUUGCCCGGCGAUCGCUGGAGCAUCAAGAGUGUCAACCCGCGAACUAAGAAGUGGACGGUGAACACCGGUGGUGGUGAGGAAGAGUUCGAUGUCGCUUCUGUCUACAAGGGGCUGCGUGAACGGCUCGAGGUGGACACCCGAACCGACGAGGAGCAGGAGCGCGCGCGGCUGGAGUGGCUCAUGUACUACAUCCUGAGCGACGACUGGGACGGCGCGGCCAGCAUGGCGGUCGGCGAGGAUGAGUGGGAGUUUAUCAUGGAGGCCAUGCGCUGAGGCCUGAGGGAGGGUGUAGCCUGGGUGUAGAGUGUAGAGCGCUGUGGUGCUGUGAGAUGCAUGGAGCGCUUGUAGAGAGUUGUACGAUAGAGAGAGCUCCAGGAGAAUUGCCAAUCGAUCGCGUGGACAUACAGGUCAUGCAAAUAAAGGCUCCGCAUGGGUACAAUGG